UUUUUUCUUUUUCUAGAUACGCAAAGCGCAUGAAAAGCAAAUGAAUGGCUCGGACGUUGACGUACUCGCGACUGGGAGUGUGCGAUAGUGAUUGCGACGCAGCAGUAAAAGAGAAGCCGACUGACAACUUUGAAGAUAAACGGUGACAACUUUGAAGUUAAAAGGGUGGCACUUCUUGAAACUCACACAUAGCACUAACGCCAAACAAGUGCCAUCAGUCAAGCGCGUCACUAUUGUCCGCGACAGUGAAGAACUAAAACCAUGAUUGAGACCUUCGAUCCAGAGCUUUACGAACGUAUUAGCGAAACUGUUAGGCGAAACAGCAUCAAAGCUCUGGAAAGGACGACAUUCAGAAUUCCUUCUAGUAGGUGCCAUCAGAUCCUUGACAUCGGCUGCGGCAUCGGAGACUUUACGAGAGACGUGCUGCUUCACUGGAAUCAUCCAUGCCGUAAGAUUGUAGGCAUCGACAUAUCCCAAUCCAUGUUGAACUACGCGAAAAGAAACUACGGACAUCCAGAUAUCUGCUACGACGUCCUUGAUGCGGGUUCCUCAGACGUGUCUGCGUUUCUCGACAAGCACGGCAAGUUUGACCGCAUUUACUCGUUCUAUUGCCUGCACUGGAUCAGAGACCAAAAGGCAGUGUUCCGCAACAUCGGCACGCUGCUGAAAGACGACGGGGAAUGCCUCCUCGUGUUCUGUGCACAGUUCGUGUUCUACAAGGUGUGGCUGCAAAUGACCAAAACGGAGGAACCAUGGAAAGACAUCAUUGGUGACCCAAGGGAUACUUUUGCAGACACCUGGUGUGGCGAGCCGCCUCCGAGUUUGUCCGCUCUCGAGAGAACUGUGAGAAGUCUAGUGGAGGACGCCGGGAUGUCGACGAUCGCUUGCGAGGUCUACCCAACAAGAAGCUACUUCCGCAACGAUGACGAUCUACUCGCCCUGCUUCUCCCCCUUGUCACCGUGAAGACUGGCACUACUGAGGAGGACAAGGAUCGCAUGAAGAAAGUGCUGUCGGCAAGGCUCCUGGACGGCUGCCGUCGGACUCCCGAAGGCUCCAGUUACGCCUUGGAUCUCUUUUUCCUACAUGUUCAAAAGCGGCCUAAAAUGUAGUCGCUGCAUUGUCAUUUCCUUCGUUCACGUGCUGAUAUUGCUGUCAAGGUUCGCGCUGCGAGGUUUGUUGCUAUUCCACAGAGCUACACUAUAAAUCUGAUAGCGGAUGCGUGCGCCAUUCAUCCACCACUUAUUUCCAAAUAAGUGCUGGAUAUAUUUGUAACGAAUAUAUCUGGGUCCGCUUGAAAAUAUUUGAUCUAUGUAACGUUGCAUUUGUUUUUUGUUUUGUUUUUUAUUUGAUUCACUUUGGAUUUUUUCUUUGGGUUUCAGUAAACGCUUCUUUAUCCGACCUAUCUUCCACAAUCGUUCACCGCUAUGGAUCUUAUUCGAUACACUUCGAAUAUAUUUUACUGCUACUACUGUCCUGCACUAGAACUUUAACAUCUGUCUUUUUAGCUUUGCAGUCGACAGCGGUGUAAGCAAGCAUUGAAAGUCUAGCGAACGACGGUGGUGGCGGUAAAAAUGAUUGAAGCUUCAGUUUAUCUAUAUCUUAAACUUACCAGUCUUUCUACUGCUUUUUUUGGUGUGUAGAACAUGUGAAAAGCAAGGAACAAAUAAUACGUUGUUCUCUAUCUAACAUUAUGACAGAUGAAAGAAAGCUCCUUGGCGUUAGCGAAUCCCCAUUGAUAGGCAGUUAGCGAUCCCGAUCGUUCGAUGUAAUCUCUGUCACAAACCGUUGAUAUACACUGCGGGGCACAAUAAGCGUGAUCACGAUGUCAGCAGUGACGUAUUUUGUUUGGAAAGAUGUGGAUAUCGAAUUUACACGCUUAGGUUGUUGUCGCAAAAUAAAAAUGUUUCACCGUUA